CAAUUUUCACAAAUUGCUCCGGCCGCUAUAAAUUUGGAUAGAUAGCCGCGGGCUUAAGCUUAAGCAUCACAACUCAUUCCAACAACAAAAGAAAGUGAAGGGGAAAAAAAACACAAGCAAUGGUUUCCAUUUCGCUGCCAGAAAAGCCUCAUGCUGUUUGUAUUCCAUAUCCAGCACAGGGUCACAUAAACCCUAUGCUGAAACUAGCCAAGCUCCUUCAUCAUAAAGGGUUUCAUAUAACCUUUGUUAACACAGAAUUCAACCACAAACGUUUGCUAAAGUCUAGAGGUCCUGAUGCCCUCAAUGGCUUGCCUGAUUUCCAAUUUAAAGCCAUUCCUGAUGGGCUUCCUCCUUCUGAUGUUGAUGCCACCCAAGACGUCCCCUCCCUUUGUGAAUCCACCACUACUCAUUGCUUAGGUCCAUUUAGAGAUCUCCUUGCAGAACUUAAUGAUCCCUCUUCAUCACAAGUGCCCCCUGUUUCUUGCAUAGUUUCUGAUGGAGCCAUGAGCUUUACUCUUGAAGCUGCCGCAGAACUAGGCGUCCCAGAAAUAUUGUUUUGGACUCCUAGUGCAUGUGGAUUCUUGGGUUAUAUGCACUAUGCUGAGCUCAUAGAAAAGGGUCUCAUACCACUCAAAGAUGCAAGUUAUUUGUCAAAUGGAUACCUUGAGCAAGCUUUGGAUUGGAUUCCCGGGAUGAAAGAUAUACGUCUGAGAGAUCUUCCAAGUUUCUUAAGAACUACAAAUCCGGAUGACUACAUUGUAAAGUUCGUACUGCAAGAGACUGAGAGAGCCAAGAAGGCUUUAGCUAUUAUUUUGAACACAUUUGAGGAGCUGGAAGAGGAUGUUAUAAAUGCUCUGUCUGCCAUCCUUCCUCCCAUCUACGCCAUUGGGCCUCUACAGCUUCUCCAGAAAGAGGUAAAAGAUGAGAGGUUAUCAGUUGUGGGGUCAAAUCUUUGGAAAGAAGAGCCCGAGUGCCUAGAAUGGCUUGAUUCAAAGGAUCCCAAUUCUGUUGUCUAUGUAAACUUUGGAAGCGUCACUGUUAUGACUCCUGACCAGCUUGUGGAGUUUGCAUGGGGACUUGCAAAUAGUAAACAAACAUUUUUGUGGAUCAUUAGGCCUGAUCUUGUCUCUGGCGCCUCUGCAAUUCUUCCUCCUGAAUUUUUGGAGGAAACUAAAGAUAGAGGCCUACUAGCAAGCUGGUGCCCUCAGGAACAAGUUCUCAGCCAUCCUGCCAUUGGAGGAUUCUUAACUCAUAGCGGAUGGAAUUCAACUCUCGAGAGUAUCUGUAGUGGGGUGCCCAUGAUUUGUUGGCCGUUUUUCGCCGAACAACAAACCAAUUGCUGGUUCUGCUGCACCAAGUGGGGCAAUGGAUUGGAGAUAGACAAUAAUGUUAAGAGGGACGAAGUUGAGAGCCUUGUGACUGAGUUGAUGGUUAGAGAAAAGGGAAAGGACAUGAAGAAAAAAGCCUUGGAGUGGAAGAACAAGGCUGAAGAAGCAGCUAAAAGUUCGGGUGGUUCUUCUUACUCGAAUCUGGAUAAGGUGGUUCAAGUGCUUCUCACCAAGUAAAAUCAGAAUAGCAUAUUUAUGUAAUGAAUUUCUUUCAAUUCUAUAAAUAAAUUAUCUCUAUUUACGGAGGUUACAAUCCUUCAA